AUGACUGUGGAUGAUCAGGAAUUCCGAUUUGUCGCCGGAGGAGAUGUCUUCGAAACUAAUGAUAAAAUACUUCGGAUCGGAUCUGGAAAACACUCAAUCUUCUAUCAGUAUUAUCUUCACACUUCCAUUUGUAAGCUUUUGAUAUACUUGGUACAGAAGUUUAAAAAUUCAGUUUGGCGCCUGUUUCGUUUUUAUAUUUGCACUCCGGAUGAAGUCAAAAAUGAUUUUUGGAAUACUAGCAACUUAUACGGUGAAUUCGGAGAUUAUUCAGCAAAGAUAUCAUAUUUUAUUCAGAUGAUUUCGCUUGGAAAUACUCUAUUCCGAAUGUUCGUGGGUCUUAAUGAUGGGGAUUGGUUUGAGCGGUGUUUUGGUGAAUCCAUAGACACUUUCCAUUCAGUAAUCACAAUUCUUUAUUCAAUUUUUCAAGUGUUUAUCUCUUUUAUUUUGGUUCGAAUGAGUUUUUGGUUUAGUUCAAACUAUAAAGGAACAAAGCUUUAUUAA